GAUUGUGGCCUGUGGGCAUCUCAUAAAUUCGCGCCAAUCUCAAAUUUGUGGGAUUCAAAACCCUAAACCUUCAUAAUUAGCAUCUUCGAUUCAUGCUGUAUGCAUCUUCUUAUCAGCGAUUCAAUUCAGCUUCGUUUUGUUUUCCACGAUUCACAAUCAAUUUCCCCUCUCAUUUUCGAUACUAUUUCAACUCCCUUUUUUCCUCAAUCACGUAUGACGACGAGCUUCUCGAUUCUUUCGAUCGUCUUCUUCGGCAAUGCAAUGGGAUUCGACAUUGCAAACAAGUUCAUUCCGCCACUGUUGUCACUGGCGCCUGUUCGUCGGCGUUCGUUGCCGCCCGGCUUGUGUCCGUCUAUGCCCGUUCUGGUUUUGUUUUCGAUGCUCGGAAAGUGUUUGAUACUGUGCCAUUUGAAGGUUUGUCGAACUUGCUGUUGUGGAAUUCGAUUAUAAGAGCAAAUGUAGAUGGUUAUAGUAGAGAAGCCCUUCAACUUUAUGGGAAAAUGAGAAAUUUUGGGGUUUUGGCUGAUGGGUUUACUUUUCCUCUGGUUUUGAGGGCUUCUUCCAAUUUGGGUAUUUUCAAUUUGUGCAAGAGUCUUCAUUGUCAUGUUGUACAAUUUGGAUUCCAGAAUCAUUUGCACGUUGUGAAUGAAUUGAUGGGAAUGUAUGUGAAACUCCGACGAAUGGAUGAUGCUCGAAAAGUGUUUGACAAAAUGCGUGUUAAAAGUGUAAUUUCUUGGAACACUAUGGUUUCUGGCUAUGCCUAUAAUUAUGAUGUUAAUGGUGCUUCUAGGAUGUUCCUUCAAAUGGAGUUGGAAGGGGUCGAGCCGAACCCUGUAACUUGGACUUCUUUGCUGUCAAGUCAUGCUCGGUGCGGUCAUCUUGAAGAAACUAUUGCCUUGUUUAGCAAGAUGAGGAUGAAAGGUGUUGGUGCCACUGCUGAAAUGCUUGCUGUGGUGUUAUCUGUUUGUGCUGAUUUAGAUACAUUUGACAGGGGUCAGAUGGUUCAUGGAUAUAUAGUAAAGGGAGGUUUCGAAGAUUACUUGUUUGCUAAAAAUGCGCUUAUAACUGUAUAUGGAAAAGGAGGAGACAUAAGAGAUGCAGAGAAGUUAUUUCAUGAGAUGAAAGUGAAGAAUCUUGUGAGUUGGAAUUCUCUUAUAUCCUCUUAUGCUGAAUCUGGAUUAUAUGACAAAGCUUUUGAAGCGUUUUCUGAGCUUGAGAAAAUGGAAGGCUGUCCAGAGAUGAAACCUAGUGUCAUAACUUGGAGCGCAGUCAUUUGUGGAUUUGCUUCUAAUGGAUUUGGAGAAGAAUCUUUGGAAGUUUUUCGCCAAAUGCAGCUUGCAAAUGUAAAAGCGAACUCAGUGACUAUAUCUAGUGUUCUAUCAAUUUGUGCUAUGCUAGCAGCUCUGAAUCUUGGUAGGGAAAUGCACGGUCAUGUGAUUAGAGCUCGGAUGGAAGAUAACAUACUGGUGGGAAAUGGAUUGAUUAACAUGUAUACAAAAUGUGGAAGUUUCAAGCCAGGCUGUUUGGUGUUCGGAAAACUAGAAAAUCGAGAUUUAAUCUCAUGGAACUCACUGAUUGCAGGAUAUGGAAUGCAUGGACUUGGUAAAGAUGCUCUCGUAACUUUUGACGAGAUGAUCAAAUCAGGAUUUAGACCAGAUGAUGUUACCUUUAUUGCUGCUCUUUCUGCUUGUAGUCAUGCCGGUCUUGUUGCCGAAGGCCGUUGGCUUUUCGAUCAGAUGCUACAGAACUUCAAGAUCAAACCUCAGAUGGAGCACUAUGCGUGCAUGGUCGAUCUUCUAGGUCGUGCUGGGCUCGUGGAAGAAGCAAGUAACAUAGUCAAGAGCAUGCCAAUCAAACCCAAUGCUUAUAUCUGGAGUGCUCUUCUCAACUCUUGCAGGAUGCACAAGGAUACAGAUCUAGCAGAAGAAACUGGCUCUCAGAUUUUAAGUCUGGAUUCCGAGAUAACAGGAAGCCAUAUGUUGCUGUCGAAUAUUUAUUCUGCAAGCUGUAGAUGGGAGGACUCUGCGAGGGUCAGGAUCUCGGCAAGGAUGAAGGGUUUAAAAAAAGUUCCUGGGUGCAGCUGGAUUGAGGUGAAGAAAAAGGUUUAUAUGUUCAAAGCAGGAAACUCAAUGCAAGAAGGUUUAGAGAGAGUUGAUGAAAUUCUUCAUGAUUUGGCUCUUCAGAUUGAAAGUCGAGAUUUUGAUGAUAGUAUUAUUGAAUAGAAUGUUCAAGAACAACAUUACUGAAAUCUUUUACUAGAAAGCUCUCUCCAUAUGUGUGAAGCUGAUGAUGGUUUAUCCUUAAUUAAGGAAAUUCAAAAUGAAAAAUGGUCACUUAAGGCUGCA